CGAGUUUUCCCGAUGUAGUAUUCAAAUUUAUUCUUAUGCCCAAAUUGUUAAAUACUUUAUUAUGCAGUAAAUCAAUAAUGCAAUUCAUUGUUUCAUAUAAAUAUUCCUGUAAGCAUGUCGGGUACUCAAAUACACAAACUGUACGUCCCGUAUUGAAUGAUAACAUUUCAAAGAAAUAUUUUUGAAUUUUUGUCGAUUGAAAAUAAUCACCAGUGAACCAUAUUAUUGGCAUCAAAUUGUCUGUACUAAAAUCUAAAUUUGUAUUUGUACUUUUAAUAAUAUAGUAACAAUAUUCUUUUUUCUUAAAAAUGUAUUUUUCACAAGCACUAUUAACAUUUGCACUAUUGGCAUUAUUUGAUACAAAUAUUGGUGGUAUCCAAUAUUUUGAUAUUAUGGAAUAUAAUAUAGUACCAUUUAUUAUUAAAGUUAUUGUAGUUAUUAGAAGGGUAAUUAUUAUUACAUAAAUAAUAAGAGACAUCAUAAUGAGUGCGUUCUUCAUUGAUAAACGACGUGAUAAAAUACGUUAUAAACAACUAGACGAUAAUUUCCGUGGAUAUAAUCUAUCGGAAUAUAUUAAUGUCGCUACUAUAAAAGGUGAUUGUUUUGUUCAUUAUUUUUAUGCGACGCCUAUUAAUAGUCAUACAUUAAAAUCAUUAAAACAUAAUCAUGUAGAUCGUUUAGCUUGUAUUUAUAUUAAUAAAAUUAAUAACAAAAUAUUAUUUAUACGUUACGAUGGAUUGGCUAAAACAUUUGACGACACCAAUAUUGUUGCUUAUGAUUAUUGGACUAUCAGUGAUACGACAUUGAUAGUAAACGAUAAUAACAGUAUUAAUUAUUAUAUUGAAAAGAUAAAUCGAGAAGAAUUAAUACUUUCUGAUAAUAUUAAAAAUUCACUUGAUGAUUACGAAUAUGUUGGUUACGCUCACUGGCGUUAUUUUGAUCGAGGUAUUUUAUAUUACGGCACACGUUUUUCUUACGAUACGGGAAUUAUUAAUGCACUUAAACGUAAUGAUGAUAGCGAAAAAGAAAAAAAAUUUCUCGAGUCAUUUAUUAUGUAUGUGGCUGUACAUGAUAAUAAAGUUUUGUGGUCGCAAAUUCAAAUCAACGAUUUUGCUGAACGAUUUCAUAUUAAUAAUUCAGAAAAUAUAACUGUCAUAUUACCAGAAAGAUAAUUAUUAAUUUACAUAAGACACAAUUAAAUACAAUUGAAUU